GAUUGUGCUCAAGUGACUUUGGGCAAUCCAGCGUGUUCAGCCAGAGAAGCAGCCACUGUUAUUUGCUCAGGUCUUGCUGAACCACUCAGACUCUCAGGUGGUGAGAGCCGCUGUGAUGGGCGAGUUGAGAUCUCACUCCAUGGCAUGUGGAGGAGAGUCCUGGAUGAUGACUGGAACAUUAAGGAUGCUCAUGUGGUAUGCAGACAGCUCCAGUGUGGAAUUGCCGAGAAAGCCUAUUACCUUCCAAGGUCUGAGCGAGGCAUGGGUCCUGUUGGCUUAAGAAGUGUCCAGUGUGCUGGACAUGAGACUCAGCUGAUGCUCUGUAACACCUCCUGUCCUCAGACAGUGCCAACAGGAGUUGCUGAAGACAUUGGUGUGUUUUGCUCAGGUAGCAGACAGAUCAGGCUGGUGAAUGGAACAAACCGAUGUGCUGGGAGAGUAGAGCUUUAUCAUGACGGCAUCUGGGGCACCGUCUGUGAUGAUAACUGGGACCUAUCAGAUGCUAAUGUUGUUUGCAAACAGCUGGGAUGUGGACAUGCCAUCAAGGAAUUUGUCUCUGCUCAUUAUGGUGAAGGCUCAGGACGUAUCUGGCUGGAUGAUGUGAACUGCACUGGGGCUGAAUCUGAUCUCUGGGCAUGUCCCUCUAGGGCAUGGGGCCAGCACAACUGCCAACACAAAGAGGAUGCAGGAGUCCUAUGCUCAGAGUUCCUGUCUCUGAGGCUGGUGGAUGGCAAUGGCUGUACUGGGCGGCUAGAAGUUUUCUACAAUGGGACAUGGGGGAGCAUUUGCUCCAAUCGUAUGUCUCAGCUCACUGCAAUAACUGUAUGCAAACACCUGAACUGCGGAGACAGUGGGGAAAUCGCAGAAGACUUCAAAUAUGGUAGAGGUUUGGGGCCCAUGUGGCUGGACCACAUUGAGUGUACUGAGCAACAUACCUCUCUCUGGCAAUGUCAGUCAGACCCCUGGAAUCCUCAGUCGUGUGAUAACCGAGCAGAAGAGACCCAUAUUUCUUGCACUGACAGGGAGAAGUUACGAGUCAUAGGAGGAGAGGACGGAUGCUCAGGCAGAGUGGAGAUUUGGCACCAAGGUUCUUGGGGAACAGUCUGUGAUGAUUCCUGGGACGUGGCAGAUGCUAAUGUUGUAUGCAGGCAGCUGGGUUGUGGAUCUGCUGUGUCUGCUCUGAGUGAAGCUGCCUUUGGGGAAGGGACUGGUCCCAUCUGGUUGGAGAAGGUGCACUGUAAAGGAACAGAGCUGUCUCUUUGGGACUGUCCUGCCAAGCCCAUGUUCGGCAAAAACUGUGAUCAUAAGGAAGAUGCUGCUGUGAAUUGCUCCGGUAUGACAGAAACAACAGCAUCACCCACUAGAGCAGAUCUUCCCCGCCGCCCUGCCACAGAGAGUAGGAGAAUUUCAACGCCUGUCAUCUUCUGCAUUAUUCUGGGGGCCCUUCUCUGCCUGGUCCUUGCCAUUUUUGCCAGACAGAUCCGAAGUGCCAGGGCACAGCAGAGAGGCUCCAGACUGUCCUAUGACCCCUUCUCUGAGGCUGUCUAUGAAGAGAUCGACUAUAACGUGAUGAGAGAAAAGCAGGGCAUGACUGGCCUCUCAGGCUUCCUCCUGUCGAUUGCUUUUCUCCCUUGA